AUGGUGGUUCAACAAUGCCUGGGCACUCUGUCCUUCCUGUCCCAGUUCAACCCGCAUAUCGCUUGGUUCUUUUUGACCGAGCAUGAUUCCGCUUCGUCGCUCAAGCUCAAGACAUUCCGCAAGGGCAAGGGCAAGGAGAACCGGGCCAAUAAGUUUGCCCUGAACUCGCUUCUCUCUCUUUUGGACCGCAAGUUGAUCAUGGACAGCCCCAAUUGUAUGGAGCAACUGUCGGCUCUACUGAGCAGCAUUACUCAGCCUCUCACCGUUCUUCUUCGCCGUGAAAAGGAAAGACAGGAAGAGGAGAAGGAGAAGGGCAAGCAGCCUGAGGGAACCCAAUCCAGAGACGCUACUGAGCAACAGUCUGCUGGGCCUGAAACUGGCUCUGAUACCCCCAUGGUUGAUGCCCCCUUGCCCACGGUGGAAUCUGCUGAAGACCAAGGAACUACUGCCACUGUCGAGGGUGAUCAAGGUGCAUCGACCGAGAAGGAUAGCUCCAAGCCUGGCGAGGAAGAAAAACGGAAGCGCAAGUCCAUCGAACCGCCUGUUGUCCCCGACCACAAUUUCCGACUGGUUGUUCACAUUCUUGCGGCUCGUGAGUGCAACGGCAAGACCUUCCGUGACACUCUUUCGACCAUCAACAACCUUUCCGCUAUUCCUGGGGCUCGCGAUGUCAUUGGCAAUGAACUUGUGGGCCAAGCGCAAGCCUUGAGCGAUACAAUUCUGGCGGACCUGGAAGAGCUUCUGCCUCAUAUCCACCAGGCCAAGACUGGCACAGACAUGCAAGGAUUGGCCCUGGCCAAGUUCUCUCCAGCCAGCUCUGAUCAAGCCAAAUUGCUGCGUAUCCUCACCGCACUUGACUACCUCUUCGAUCCUACUCGAGUGGACAAGUCCAAGGGCUCUGAGCCCGAAGCUGCUCCAAAGGAGGAUGUCCUCAAGCGACUCUAUGAAAGCGCUACUUUCGGACCUCUGUGGACUAAGCUCAGUGACUGCCUGACCCUUAUCCGCUCGAAGGAGAACAUGCUGAAUGUGGCUACAAUCCUUCUCCCACUGAUCGAAGCUUUGAUGGUUGUCUGCAAGAACACCACCCUUAAGGAUCAGCCAAUUAACCGCAACAGCCGCGAGACCUCUGUCACUAGUGCUCCCGAUGUUGGUCCUGGCAUGGAAAACCUCUUCUUCAAGUUCACCGAGGACCACCGCAAGAUUCUGAACGAGCUUGUUCGCUCGAACCCUCGGUUGAUGAGCGGUACCUUCUCUCUGCUGGUCAAGAAUCCCAAGGUUCUGGAAUUUGACAACAAGCGCAACUACUUCACUCGUCGUGUCCACUCCCGUGGUGCUGAACCUCGUCAGCCCCACCCACCUCUUCAGCUUUCCGUUCGCCGAGACCAGGUGUUCCUUGACUCCUUUAAGUCUCUCUACUUCAAAACCGCCGAUGAGCUCAAGUACGGCAAGCUCAACGUGCGCUUCCAUGGUGAAGAGGGUGUGGAUGCUGGUGGUGUGACUCGAGAAUGGUUCCAAGUUCUUGCCCGUGGCAUGUUCAACCCCAACUACGCUUUGUUCACCCCCGUUGCUGCCGAUAGAACAACGUUCCACCCGAACCAACUUAGCGGUGUCAACUCGGAGCACCUUCUGUUUUUCCGAUUCAUAGGUAGAAUCAUCGGCAAGGCGCUCUAUGAGGGCCGGGUUCUGGACUGCCAUUUCUCUCGCGCUGUCUACAAGAAGAUCCUCGGACGAUCCGUGUCUAUUAAGGACAUGGAAUCGCUUGACCUUGACUACUACAAGUCCCUGCUGUGGAUGCUGGAGAACGACAUCACCGAUAUCAUCACGGAAACAUUUGCCAUCGAAACCGAUGCCUUUGGUGAGAAGCAGGUGAUUGACUUGAUUGAAAACGGCCGCAACAUCCCAGUCACUGAAGAGAACAAGGAGCGUUAUGUUCAGCGGGUGAUCGAGUACCGCCUGGUCGAGUCUGUCAAAGAGCAAAUUGACAACUUUCUGAUGGGUUUCCAUGAGAUCAUUCCUCCUGACCUGAUUGCCAUCUUCAACGAGCAGGAACUGGAGCUUCUGAUUUCUGGUCUGCCUGAGAUCGACGUGGACGAGUGGAAGAACAACACCGAGUACCACAACUAUUCCGCUUCUUCGUCCCAGAUCCAGUGGUUCUGGCGCGCUGUGCGCUCGUUCGAUAAGGAAGAACGGGCCAAGUUGCUCCAAUUCGUGACGGGUACCAGCAAGGUUCCUCUCAAUGGCUUCAAGGAGUUGGAGGGCAUGAACGGUGUCAGCAAGUUCAACAUUCACCGUGACUAUGGCAACAAGGACCGCCUCCCCAGUUCGCACACAUGCUUCAACCAGCUUGAUCUUCCCGAGUACGAAAGCUACGAGGAUCUGCGUCAACGUCUCUACACGGCGAUGACGGCUGGUAGUGAAUACUUCGGCUUCGCAUAG